CUAUUUUUAACUAUUCGGCAUGAAUAUCAUCUUAGCGCUUUAGAUGCUAAAAACGUAAUUGCUAUGUAGCAUCUGGAAUAACUAAUAGCUUGCAGUAUAUUCUCUUAGCUAUAGCCAAUUUGUCACCAAUUGUAAACAAUAACAAACAGGCUGCAGAACACUCAGCGUAUUCCAAAAAUAUCACUGUGUGUUUAACUUUAAAGUACAAUAAUUGUAAUUUCUGUUUGCUGUUAGUGAAUAUUGCCAGUACUUGCUAUUGCUAACCAGCACAUUAAGGGAUGCGUGUAUUAUUACUUAAAGAGCCGAGAGAUGAGGAAUCUGGACCUGAUCCCUACUUGAAGGAAUUGGAAUCGCAUGGACACAAAGCAACACUCAUCCCUGUGUUGUCUUUUAAAUUUGUCUCGUUAAACACCUUUUCUGAUAAGCUUUUCCAGCCAGAGAAACACGGUGGCCUGAUCUUUACCAGUCCCAGAGCAGUGGAGGCUGUGAAGAUGUGCUUAGACAUGGGAGGAAGGAGAGAAGAAUGGAACAAAUCCAUAAAAGACAAGUGGAACUCAAAAUCCAUAUAUGUGGUCGGGAAGGCAACUGGAGCAUUAGUUCAAAGUCUGGGUCUGAAGCCCCUGGGAGAGGACACAGGGACAGCUGAUGUCCUAUCACGUCUUAUUAUUGAGAGAGAGGACACCAAUAUCCCACCGCUUUUUUUCCCCUGUGGCUCAAUUAAAAGAGAAGUCUUGCCCAUGGCUUUAAGGGAAAAUGGAGUUCCCUUAGAGACUCUGACUGUCUAUCAAACGACUGAACAUCCAGAUCUUGAGGAAAAUCUGAAAAACUACUUCACAGAGCAGGGAACUCCAGCAAGUAUAGCUUUCUUCAGUCCAUCCGGGGUGAAGUUUUGCCUGGAAGUAGUGCGAAGGCUGUCGGGUGAACAACUCAAUGAAAUAAAGUUUGCCGCCAUCGGGGCGACUACACAAGAUGCUAUGACAGCAGAAGGCCUUUGUGUGAGCUGCACAGCUGAAAAGCCAACGGCAGAGCAUUUGGCAGCAGCGAUAGCCACGGCUCUACAGUGAUCAUCCUGAGGCAUCUACUCUUUAAUCCGACCAAUCUAUCUGUUGUCUGUCUGGUUCAACAUUAUAUAAAAAUGUCAAAUCAUGUUUAGUAUUUUGCUGCUCAUGUCACCAUUGCUGGACUUAAAAUUUGCACUGAAAAAAUGUUUGUGUCAUGAAGGUCAAGGAACUUUAUUUUAUUUCAAACCUGUUAGUGUAAGAUUAGUUUUUCAAAUAAAGCUUGAUUAAUGUGAUUAAAAAUCCAAA